AGUCCUAGGAAUCAAUAUGUCUCCAAAGUAUUCCAACAAUGUAACUUUGCAACAUUACUAUUCGAUCUAAUGACUGCUCCAGAGGAAGAGUUGGACAACCAUACUGGAGAGUUAAGGUUCAAUCUAAACUUCUUGGCCAAAAGGAUCAUAGGUGCAACUAACUGGAUACAGUCUAAUCCAGUUCUAAAGGACCUUCAAAUUGGAUUCUUUGGUGCAAGUACUGGAGGUGGAGGUGCAUUGUUAUCUACUUGCUUAUUGGCACCAACAACCAAAGUGUUCGCGGUAGUAUCGAGAGGAGGACGUCCUGAUAUGGUCGGUGAACACUUGAAGGAUAUAGCGACUCCUACUUUGUUGGUUGUCGGUGGUAAUGACACUGAUGUACUACGUAUGAAUAGAGUUGCUUUGCAACAAAUGGUAAAGUGUCCUACUAAGCAACUUGUUGUCAUACCAAAUGCAUCACAUCUAUUCCCCGAGCCUGGAUGUCUUGAACAAGUUGCCACCAUCUCGAAACAAUUCUUCUUGGAUCAGAUCAAGACCAUGGGAGGAGACACUCAUUCAACAACAUCUGGUGUUGCCAAGGGUGUUGUUGGAAUCGCAAUG